AUGAGAUCUUGGGGGGCUGGUGGGAUUCGUGCCAUGCUGGCCCAGCUUUCACGUGGAGUGGAUGCCAUCGUGCUGGUCAUGAAGAUGGAACGCGUGCCCAUGGCAUCGCGUGUGAAUAUCCAUGUCCUGCAAAGCAUAUUCCGCGACGGGGACAUCAAAACCAACGGGGUGCUCGUGUUGACCCACUGGGACGGCGAGCUCGGGGAAGAAGCCGAGGCUCUCCGAGCAUGGUUGCAGGGUGAUGACGCCAUGAAUGCUGUUGUCGACAGCUUCGGCAAGGUGAUCCUCACGAACAACAAGAUUGGUAGGCGUGGCGCUUACCCUGAGUGCAGGCGGGAAUGCCUCGUGAAGCUCAAUGAGGUCAUUGGUGCGAAUCGACCUAGGAUCUACGCACGUCCCGUUAGCGUCAAGGAUAUCCUCAUCGAUCUGUUGGCAAAGUUCGCGGGAUUUUGGGUAAGGGGGGCAGCGAGCUUGCAUAAGUUGUUCAGGAGUGAUGAGGACGCGCUUCCGACGUUUUGUGGUGAAUGCGCGGUGUGUCUUGAGGCAGUCGAGCUCUUGGCAGUGUGCAAAUUGCCUUGCGAUCACACUUUCCACAUGUCUUGCAUCAGCAGCCAGGCAUCUUGCCCGACAUGCCGCCACGCUUUCGAUUUGCAUGUGGAUUGCUUUUCGUUCUUCUCAAUAUGA